AUGGCAUCUAAAUACACCCUAGCCUUUCUUCUUGCUGUUGUCUUUGUUCAAACUCUGCCCACAUUCCAAUCACUUGGAAUUCCAACGCAACCAAGAGAAGAGCUCAUCUCGAUGUUCAAGCCAUCAGAAAUCAACGCCAUUAUAGAAGUUGAUGGGAUUAUCGACGCUGUGUGGGAUGCUGGCUUCAAAAUCAUGUCUCUAAUUCUCCAAAACCAUCUCCACACCGUUGUUCCAUUCGGUGGUACGUAUCCUGCUGGCUGUCGCCUUUGUUAUGCCACAGACAGUGUGAUCAUAUACAACAACAAUACAAUCACCAUAUUUGUUCCGGUGGACGAAUCUUUCUCGGAUUAUGAAAAUUGGAAGGUGUUGGAGUACCAGUUUGUGAUUGCCAAGGUCGAUAAAGAAGCUUUCAAUUCAGGGUCCGUACAAAGGGGUUCCGAGUUGCUCACAUGCCAUUCCUAUCGCAAUGUCCUUGUUACUGGUUACGGAUCCAUCAACAAUGUUAACAUCACACAUUGGGACAUCUACAAUGACGGACACAUCAUUGUUCAUGGAGUUCAGAAUUUUUUCAAUUGUCGCUUUGGGAGUCUUUAA